AUGUCUGAAACCUCAGCUAGCAAGGAAGGUCUCCCAGCCGAAUGCCCUGUGUGCUAUGAGAAAUUUCACCUGCUGCAGGCGACAUGCCGAAAGCUCAGCUGUGGGCACACCUUCUGCCAUGACUGCCUGGUAAAGUGUCUGCUCUCCACCAAGCUCGAUGGCCAAGUCCAGAGUAGCAUCAUCUGCCCUGUCUGUCGCUAUGUGACUUUCCUCAGCAAGAAAAAGUCUCUCUGGCCUCUCAAGGUGGGGACAAACCCGUGGACACUAGAAAUGCCUCUAUCACCUUCCUCCCUGUCCCAUCUGACCAAACCGGAACCCACCAACACCUUGGUGGUUCCCAGCCAUUUUGUGAUGCCAGUGCAAAGCUUUGACCAGUGUUGCAGCUCCGGAAGCGCCCCUCUGGACUCUCGAGGGGUCCCAGGAGAGCUGGCGCAGGAAGCCCAGAUCUUUGUGAUCAGCAACCAUGGGAUGCCACUGGUAGAUGAGGACUGGGGCUCAGUGGGGAGGAGUAGCAGAGCGGAAACACUGAGCUCAGUAUCGUCCAGCCCUGCACUGGGAGUGAAAUGCUGCCAGUCACCCAUUGCCCUGGCUGUCCUGCUGAUCUUGACUGUGGCAAUGCUUGCGGCUGUGCUCCCUUGGCUGCUGCUGGUGAAGAGGGACUCAUAA